CUUGACCCUAACAUCAUUCGCCAUGUCUUUGCAGCAAGUAGCAAGUCGUCUCAUAGUUCCCGUUGCCGUCGCUGCUGCUCUAGUACAAGCUAGCAUCUAUGAUGUCCCAGGAGGUUACCGUGCGGUCAUGUUCGAUAGGUUCUCCGGUGUGAAGGACGUGGCCAAACCCGAGGGCACCCACUUCUUGGUUCCGUGGUUGCAGCGAGCCAUUCUCUAUGACUGCCGCAUCAAGCCAAGGAACAUCCCUACUACCACGGGUUCAAAAGACUUGCAAAUGGUCUCUAUAACGCUGCGUGUGAUGUCUCGACCGGACGUGGAACACCUCCCAAAAAUCUACCAAAACUUGGGCUUGGACUAUGAUGAGAGGGUAUUGCCCUCCAUUGGUAAUGAGGUCCUGAAGAGUAUUGUGGCGCAGUUUGAUGCUGCUGAGUUGAUUACGCAACGAGAAGUUGUGUCGUCUAGAAUCCGCGAGGAUUUGCUCCAGCGUGCUGGGGAGUUCAACAUCAAACUCGAGGACGUCUCAAUCACACAUCUGACUUUCGGCAAGGAAUUCACACAAGCUGUUGAAGCCAAGCAGAUUGCGCAACAAGACGCUGAACGUGCAAAAUUCAUCGUCGAAAAGGCGGAGCAGGAACGUCAAGCGGCAGUCAUCCGUGCGGAAGGUGAGGCUGAAGCAGCCACGACAAUUUCUCAGGCUUUGAACAAGGCGGGCGAGGCAUUUGUUGCGCUCCGAAAGAUCGAGGCAAGCAAGGCAAUCGCACAGUCGCUUGUGGGGAAUCCAAAUGUGACAUAUAUUCCGAGCGGAGGGAACGGGGUGUUGUUGAAUGUGCCUACGCAGGGCCGGUAGUAUAUUAUGGUUCUAGUAUACGACUAGCAGUUUGUACCAAGGUUGGCUGAGUCAAUUCAUUUUUCCAAGCACGGGCGGCUAUGCGAGUGUGCCUGCCGGGGAUUUCCGCGCGGGGAGGAUU